GGCGUUUCCGUUUAAACCGGAUGUGGAUUCAAGACGCAGCGGAGCUCGUUUGUGGAGUCUGGAGAAAGUUGGUGGAUGAGUGAGAGUCAGAACCGAUGGCCGGCCCGGAGCUCCUGCUGGACUCCAGCAUCAGGAUGUGGGUCGUCCUGCCCAUCGUCUUCAUCACCUUCUUCGUCGGCGUCCUGCGGCAUUACGUCAGCCAGCUGCUGAGCAGCGACAGGAAGCUGGACCUGGAGCAGGUGUCUGACAGCCAGGUGUUGCUGCGCAGCCGCGUCCUCCGGGAGAACGGGAAGUACAUCCCCCGACAGUCGUUCUUCAUGAGGAAGCAUUACUUUAACGAUGCAGAAACCGGUUUCUUCAAGAGGGUCAAGAGGAAGGUCGUUCCUAAGAACCCCAUGACAGACACCAGCAUGCUGACGGACAUGAUGAAGGGAAACCUGACCAACGUUCUGCCCAUGAUUCUGAUCGGAGGAUGGAUCAACUGGGCCUUCUCCGGGUUCGUCAUCACCAAGGUGCCGUUCCCGCUGACGCUGCGGUUCAAACCGAUGCUGCAGAGAGGAAUCGACCUGCUGUCGCUGGACGCCUCCUGGGUGAGCUCGGCCUCCUGGUACUUCCUGAACGUGUUCGGCCUGAGGAGCAUGUACUCGCUGAUCCUGGGCCAGGACAACGCUGCCGACCAAUCACGGAUCAUGCAGGACCAGAUGACCGGUGCUGCCAUGGCGAUGCCCCCUGACCCCAACAAGGCUUUUAAGAGCGAGUGGGAGGCGCUGGAGGUGGUGAACCACCGGUGGGCGCUGGAGAGCGUGGAGGAGGAGCUCAUGGUCAGAGACCUGAACUUUAGAGGAAUCUUCAGCGCCGAUGACAGGUUCUGAUCCGGACCCAACCCGGUCCUCUGGACAGAACCGGACUGUUCUGCUUCCAGUGACUCAUAUCCCACUGUGACCCGUUGAGGUUCUGAUAAGCGGGUCUUUGGGGUUCCUGAAGGUCUGAAACAGAAUCCGAACAUCUGACAAAAUGGGAACAAACGGACCGGAACCUUCAGGAAACCCGGAGAACCGCUGAUCCGGACUGGCUUCAUGGAGCCCAGAGGUUCUGGAAGAAAACCCAACAGAACCUUCAGAUUAUUCUAAAUGUUCGGUUCAGAUUCUGUUUUGCACUUUCUGGAAUAAAUCUGGAGCCUGGUUCUGUUUUCAUCAGGAACUACAAUUCUGUAAAUUCAUUCAAAAAGGGAAAGUUGUGUGGAAGGAAAAAGUGUGGGAGGCAGAACAGAAAAACCAGCAGGACCCUCCAUGGUUCUGGUCCCAGAACCUGGUCCAGUUACCAUGGUGACAAUGGUCUGGAAAAGCCACCAGACGGGCCUGACCUUUAACCCCAGAGUAUGUCGCAGAGACCAGACCUUGGUCCAGUCUAACUCAGAUUUCUGGAAAAAAAUAUUUUUGGUUUUCUUUGAACAAAAAUAAAAACUUUAAAUGUC